CGCGGUGACACAGCGGCAGCUGUGACCCGAACCGGAUUUGAUUCCAGCCGUGCUCGCCGCCGGCUCUGUCCGCCGUUCCUCGGGCCCCAAGCGCCUUCCUUCGCUCCCGCCGCCGCCAUGGCGCUCAGCGAUGCCGACGUCCAGAAGCAGAUCAAGCAUAUGAUGGCUUUCAUUGAGCAGGAGGCCAAUGAAAAGGCUGAAGAAAUAGAUGCAAAGGCUGAAGAAGAAUUCAACAUUGAAAAGGGUCGUCUUGUUCAGACACAGAGGCUGAAAAUCAUGGAGUACUAUGAAAAGAAGGAGAAACAAAUUGAGCAGCAAAAGAAAAUUCAGAUGUCCAACCUGAUGAAUCAGGCAAGACUGAAGGUCCUCAAAGCAAGGGAUGACCUUAUUUCAGAUUUGCUGAAUGAGGCCAAGCUAAGACUUGCCAAGGUGGUGAAGGAUACUGCCAGGUACCAAAUACUGCUGGAUGGACUAGUUCUACAGGGAUUCUACCAGCUGCUUGAGCCUAGAAUAGUUGUCCGGUGCAGGAAACAAGAUCUCCCUAUGGUUAAGGCUGCUGUACAGAAGAGCAUUCCUAUCUACAAAAAUGCCACAAAAAGGGAUGUGGAUAUUCACAUUGACCAAGACAACUUCCUGCCAGACGAAAUUGCUGGAGGUGUUGAAAUCUACAAUAGUGAUGGUAAAAUUAAGGUUUCUAAUACCCUGGAAAGUCGGCUGGACCUUGUAGCCCAGCAGAUGAUGCCAGAAAUCAGAGUGGCUCUCUUUGGUGCUAAUGCCAACAGGAAAUUCUUGGACUAAACCUCUGUAAGAAAAGGUGGGGUCUGUUCCACUGCCAUAAUGAAGGGAUGCAAAAGCAUCUGCUAAUUUAAAAUCUUGAAAUAUAACAUUACUGUGUCAUCCAAUCUCUUCUUCAAUGGAAUAAUUUUGCAUACCUGCUGUGCUUAGCCUCUCCACUUGUGGUUAGAAUGUAUAGCUUAAAGAAUGCAAAGGCAUGUGUGUGCAUCCAGGAGUGACCCUAGAAGAUGGAGGCUUUUGGGCUCUUUGCUUUCCUUGCACUGUUGUGGCUCUGUAAAGACAAGUGGUCCAUUUAAGGUCACUCAUCUUACUUUGGCCACAUUUCUCUCAAGUUGUCUGAUCUGUGAUGUGAAUUACUGUGCUGCCCAUGGGAUGUUCCCUUUCAGUUAAGGUCUUCAGUGUUAUCGAGGGCAUGCAUUCCUUCCCAGGGUUAGUAGUUCAAUUCUUGUUACUUGGUCAGGCAGUUUUCUGUUCUGUAUAUGUGAUUUUAAAGACAAACAACAAAAAAGCCUGAGCCUGUAAAACACUAUUUAUUAAAAUAAAAAUGUGUGUGUGUA